GUUCGGUCCCUGCUCUGUCGCUGUCAUAUCUGCAUUAGCUUUGAUCUUCUGCACUGAAGCAUUUUCAAUGUUUCUAUGAUUCCUUUUAGCCAUUUAUAAACAGUAUGACAAUGAAGGAGAAUCAGGAUGUACGAAAAUGCCAGAGAUAAAAGAAUAAGUAAUAGAGUCCUGUUGGAUGCAUUCUACUUCAACUUUUAUUGUCUCAUCUAGAAUUGCCGGCCUUUACUUCCUCAGAAACAUAGAAAGACCAAAACUAGAUAUGCACUACAAACCAGUCAAAAUUAAACAAAAAGUUUAAAAUACCUCAUCAAUUCUUGUCUAUACGCGUGGAGGAAUGAAGGGACAUAGUUGGAUUUUAAUUAUAGGAAAGCAUCUUGGACUAACGUGCUCAAGUCUGCUGUUAUAUUGUAUUGAGAUUAUUCCAAAUGUGAUUUGUGUUCCUUUUUGGCACUUAGUAGACUUUGCCUGCAAUAUUUUGUUUAAGAACCCGCAAAGUGGAUAACAGAAACUCCAUGCAUUCUCCAGCAAUAGCAUUCAGCUAGCAGAGUUGUUGGAAAACAUGUCUUUUCUUGCUCAGAAAAAGCGGGAAAACCCGCCUCUUCCUUCAACAUCAAUGAGUAUCCUUAAAAAACAGUGUGAAAGCAAACAGAGUUGUAAGGAAAAUGCGGUUACUAAACUAUCUAUGAUUUCCUCUCAAGAAAUUUCUGUAGUUGAUAUUGUCAGGAUGGCCACUGAAACUAUGUCUCAAUGCAUUUCACAGAAUUCUGAUUGCGUUGCUUAUGAUAGUAGCUUUCUUCUGCAAUCUGAGAAGUCCAAAGACCUUGAGCUUGUAUUAAGUCUUCAAGCUGCCGCCAUUAGUUUCUCGAAACAACAGUUUGAUCAGGCUAGAAAUCGGCUCAGCUUUUGUCAACGCUGCGCUUCUCCUGAGGGCACUCCGCUUCAAAGACUGAUCUACUACUUCGCUGAAGCUCUCCAAGAGGGCAUUUCAGCAGAGAGGGGGGAAGUAAGUCUUCAAGAGGCACCAAAAGAAAGUCAAAAAUGUCCAGCAUUUGAGAAAGCUUUUGAUAUUUUGCUUGCUGCAUCGUCAGACUUUAAUGAUAGAAUGCCUUUCUGUCCAGUCUCUCAAUUCACUGCAAUUCAGGCUUUACUGGAGAACGUGGCCUCAGCCAGAAAGAUUCACGUGGUAGAUUUUGGAAUCAAAAGUGGUACACAAUGGCCGAUCUUGAUGCAAGCCCUGAUUAACAGGAACAACUGUCCCCUUGAGUAUCUCAAGAUAACUGUUGUAGGAUCAUCAAAAGAGAUGCUUGAGAAGAUAGGUAAUGAGUUGUCUUCUUUUGCUGCGAGCUUGAAAAUACCAUUUGCAUUCAAAAUGGUGAUAUCAGAUUUGAAGAACCUUGAUAAACAUUUCUUUGAGUUAGCAGCCGAUGAAACACUAGCUGUUUACUCUGAGUUGCGCCUGGCGACGUUAUUGGCAUGGCCUCAUCACUUGGUAUCGGUUCUAGAGACUAUCAAGAAGCUCAGGCCUAAAGUUAUAGUAACCAUUGAAGUCGACUCCAACACAAAUGCGCCUAUUUUCCUGGACCGGUUUAAUGCAUCACUCUCUCUCUCUGCUGUAAUGUUCGAUAGUCUUGAAGUUUGCAUGAAACAAAACAGAAAGUCUAGGGAGAUUAUCGAAAGUGUCAUGCUGCGCCAAAGUAUCAAGUACCUCAUCACAUCCAAAGGUGAGGAAAGUAUGCAUCGACAGGAAAGUGUUGGUUUCUGGAGAACCUUAUUUCGAAAACUUGGCAUGUUUGAAAUUGCACUCAGCAACUGCGCUUUGUACCAAGCAACCUUGACCGUCAAAAGCAAUCCUCGUUGGGGUUCAUGCACUGUAGAGUGUAAUGGUAAAGGUAUGACAGUAGGGUGGAAGGGAACUCCUGUUCAUUUCCUCACUGUCUGGAAGUGUUGAUGGAAGUGCCGCUGCCUGAAUAUUUAUAAACCUGUUGCUCCUUACCUAGUAUGGUUUCAGAAGUUAAGUUGUUCUUUGAUGUGUUGAUCAUACUUGUUAUUUGUCCUUUAGAUCUGUUUAUGUUAGCCGCAAUGCACUUGUUAGUGCUUGAACUGAUAAAACACAAACUUGGUAAACAGUUUGUGAUUCGAUUUUCACCAAGAGAAUAAGUUAAAUUACUUGUAGUAAGCUGGAGUUACAUAUCUACAUAUAUUCUGACGAGCCUAUAGUAAGUCUUAACAGAAAAUCACUGAGAUUUGAUUACUAAGAUGAGGGUUACAUUUGACUUUGUUAUGUGGCACAUUCUUCUAAAUGGUCUUGUGACAAAAGGGAUAAGAAUGAUGACACUUAAUCUAUCCAUGCUGUUUUGCAACUUGUUUUAGGAAUUAGGUCAACCAGUUAAACUUGCAAUGAUUACUCUUAUGCUUUUUUUGACUGUUUUCAUGGUUCAUUCUGCCCAAUCUGAAAGCAAUAUAACAUGAACAAAAGAACCAAUAACAUUCCCAAGAAAGUUCUUAGAGAUGGCAGUCAUCCUGCAAAUGGUAAAGAUAUUGAGA